AUGCCGUCCGCCUCGGCAGGCUAUGCGCCUGAUCUGGAGAAACUGAUCAAGUCGCUCAAGGGACAACCUCUUGAUGCCUCUGUCGAGAACCUGCUCUCCCUGUCGCGAUGGAUCGUGUUCGCUAAUAGCCACAGGCUUCUCAAAAGGCGCCAGAUAACGGGCUCCGAACGCUGUGCCAUCUCCACCGCCCACAUCCUUCUCCAAGUCGUCGCGCGCUCGAAAUGGCAAGACGUCGAUGCCCUCCUCAACAACGUGUCCCAAGUCGGCCGCCGGCUCGUCAAGGCACAGCCCACCGAACUUGCCAUUGGCAAUAUCGUCCGGCGCGUACUCGGCCUGAUCCGCGACGAGGCAGCCGAGGAGCGCCACGACCAGGAAGACGAGACGCAGAGCGAAGCGUCCGCCCGCCCCGACACAGACGGCUACGCGUCCCCGAAGCCGCGACCGCAGCUCACUUCCACGCAGAGCUCGGCCGGCCUGCCCAAGACGCUCUUUCAUCUCCUGUCCGCAUCCCCCGAUGUCGACUCUACGAGCAGCCCUGGCUCGCCCUUUCAUAACUCGGGCACCUCAACACCAACGUGGAAAGGCACCUAUGGCCAGAUACACGCCCUGCGCUCCGAGAUCAUUGACGGCAUCGAGGAGAUCAUGGACGAAAUUAGCCAGGCGGAUGACCAGAUUGCCGCGCUCGCCGACGCGCAGAUCCGUCCGGGCGACUUUGUCCUCACAUACCGCCCGUCGACUACUGUCGAGCGCUUUAUCCUGCGCGCGGCGCAAAAGAGAAAGUUUACCCUCUUUCUCGCCAUUGAGGCGCCCAGCACGCCAACGGCCGAGGUGCCGCACGCAGCGCUGCGCAAGAAGCUGGCGGCGGCCGGCACGACCGUCAUCAACAUCCACAACUCGGGGCUUACGGCGUACAUGUCGCGCGUGGACAAGGUGAUUCUCGGCGCCAAAGCCAUUGUGGCCAACGGCAGUGUCAUGGCUACGGCGGGCUCCGCGGCAAUUGCGCGCGCGGCCAAGGAGCACGGCACGGCGGUAAUUGUGUUGGGCGGCGUAUACAAGCUCAGUCCGGCCAACCCGUUCGCGGAAGACAGUCUGAUUGAGUGGGGAGACUCGUCAAGUUUUGUCAACUUCUCCAACGGCACCAUGGUGAACAAUGUCGAGAUCCGCUCUGCGCUUACAGAACUGGUACCCUCCGCCUUCAUUGACACGUACAUUACAAAUCUGGGGACACACUCGCGUGACUAUCUGUCCAGCAUUAUUGCCGACCAUUACAAGCACCAAGACGUCAAUUUUGAUCUCGUUGGGUCAACCGAGCAACCAGAUAGGUAG